AAAAGGCGGGGCUAUCUUCAAGCGGUUCCCCACUGCGUUGUUCAUUCAACAUGGCAGCGGGACCAAUUUCCGAAAGAAAUCAAGAUGCCACAGUGUAUGUGGGCGGGCUGGAUGAGAAAGUAUCCGAGCCAUUAUUAUGGGAGCUUUUCCUGCAAGCUGGCCCUGUUGUCAACACACACAUGCCAAAAGACAGGGUGACAGGCCAACACCAAGGAUAUGGCUUUGUGGAGUUCCUGAGCGAAGAAGAUGCAGAUUACGCCAUCAAAAUCAUGAACAUGAUCAAACUUUAUGGCAAGCCCAUCCGCGUCAACAAGGCAUCGGCACACAACAAGAAUCUGGACGUGGGCGCCAACAUCUUCAUCGGCAACCUGGACUCGGAAAUCGACGAGAAGCUGCUCUACGACACCUUCAGCGCCUUCGGGGUGAUCCUGCAGACACCCAAGAUCAUGCGUGACCCUGACACGGGCAACUCCAAGGGCUACGCCUUCAUCAACUUUGCCAGUUUCGACGCGUCCGAUGCCGCCAUCGAGGCCAUGAAUGGCCAGUACCUGUGCAACCGGCCCAUCACCGUCUCCUACGCCUUCAAGAAGGACUCCAAGGGUGAGCGACACGGGUCAGCCGCUGAGCGGCUGCUGGCCGCCCAGAACCCGCUUUCGCAGGCCGACCGGCCCCACCAGCUGUUCGCCGACGCGCCGCCUCCGCAGGCCAUUCCGCCGCCCGUGUUGACCACAUUGGGACACGCGGCCAUGGGCAUGCCGGGCGGGAUGCCGCCUCCUGGCGUCUUUCCCCCAAUGCCGCCGCCGGGCGCCAUGUCGGGCAUGCCGCACGGUAUGGCGAUGCAUCACAGUCAUCAGGCGCAGGUGGGCGGCCACCCUCCCGGACCGCCGCCCUUCCCGCACGGCUCCAUGCAUGGAGGUCUGCCUCAGAUGCCCAUGCCCCCUCCAGCGCCUCCCGGCAUGGUGCCCCCGCCUCCCGCUCCCCCAGGCUCCAGUCAAGCCCGUGCGCCGCUCCCUCCUGGCAUGCCCCCGCCGCCCCCCAUGGGCAUGCCUUCCCGAGCUCCCUACGGACCUCCCAUGGGUCACCCUAUGCCGCCCGGUAUGAGAGGACCUCCGCCUCCUCCCAUGCCCCCACCGGGCUACGGCGCUGCCCCGCCUCGCCCUCCUCCCUUUGGGUUCCAGAGAGCACCACCGAUGCCACCCAGGCCGCCAGUCCCACCACCUCGGGUUCCCAUAAGGCCACCCAUGCCAACAUAAUACUUCACAAAUUGUUUCUUU